AGUACCCCUUGUACUGAGCUAUCUGGUUGACCAGAUCCGCGAUGCGGGGUAGGGGGUACGCGUCAAGCUGCGUGAACCUAUUGAUGGUCUGGCUAUAGUCCAUGACCAUCCUAUUUUUCUGCCCGGUCCGAACAACAACCACCUGGGCCCUCCAAAGACUUGUGCUUGGCUCAAUGAUCCCCUCCCUGAGCAGCCGUUGCACCUCUGACUUAAUGAAGGCCCUGUCCCCCACGCUGUACCUCCUGCUUUUAGUUGCCACAGGUUUACAGUUGGGGUCAGGUUGGCGAACAGCAGUAGGGGAGGGAUCUUGAGUGUGGAGAGGCUGCAAGUGGCGUCAGUAGCGCGGCUGUUGGUAUGGUGUUGGGUGGGAUGUGCGGGUCGGUGUGUGUGUGUGGUCAGUAGUGGGGUAGAUGACGAAGUCUCACAAAACUGAGGAUUUCUGACAGUGAUUGGUGGGAAGGGCCCGUCAUACUCCAUUGUCACACUUUUCAGGUGGCUCUGGAAGUCGAGCCCCAAUAGCACAGGGGCACACAAUUGAGGCGUGACCAGUAAUGCAAAGUCCUGAUAUUCUGUGCCCUGCACCACCAAUGUCGCUACACAACCCACCCGGAUGUCUGUGGAAUGCGAUCCAGAAGCCAUGGUGACCUUCCGGCUUACAGGCUGUGUCACGAGUCCACAGCAUUGCACUGUGUUCGGGUGAGUAAAACUCUCAGUGCUGCCCGUGUCAAACAGGCAGCUAGUCCUGUGCCCCUCCACCAGGAUGUCCAUCAUUGACUUUGCGAGCUGGUGUGGAGCGCUUUGGUCAAGGGUCACGGAGGCCAGAGUUGAAUCACUGUCUUGGUGCCCAGUAAACACCCAUGGGUUGGAGGCGAGGCGAGGUGGCACUGACAAAGAUGGCUGCCCCAUGCCUCGCACGAGGCGGGCAGGCAAGAUGGCAGCAACCAAGAUGGUGACCCCCAUGCCUCACACGCGGCGCUGCUCGUCUUCGCUCAUGGUUUGGACUUACAGGCCUUGGCGAAGUGGCCCUUCUUUCCACAGCUGGAGCAGAUAGCUUCUCGGGCCAGGCAGCGUUUUCGGGGGCAUGGACUUGUUAGCCGAAGGGUUGUUUCUGACUAGUAAAUUUGUAUAUUCGAUAAUCUCAGUCUCAGAAGACAACCUGUGUUGCCUUUAAGGCAUUUGUUUAGUUUAUUAUAUUUUCGCUUUAGUAAUUCGUUUGUUAUCGUUUUCUAGUUAAAGUUAAGGUUGUUUAAAGUAAGUUCGUUGUCUGUGAUAUAUCACAGCAUGCGAUGACAACACAUCCGGUUUCGCCGCGUCUUGUGGGAAAAUGCCGGUUUGGAGAAAUGGGAAGGAGGGGGCUUAUGUGUGCAGGAUCAGCACGAGAAAAGUUUUCAUUCUACGCACUAGAAACAUCAGUGAAGCAACGCCUUUUCACCAUACAUUAAUGUGGAAGAGUGAACAGUAAACAGUUAAUCUUACUGGGACCGCCUCAUUGAUUGGUUUAUGCUUGGUGUUUAGUUCAGAGUUCUUUUACACCUGUGCGAGAACAUUACAGUGAAAAGGCAGCAUUACCAGGUGUUUCAAGUGCUGCAAUGUCAUCACGAUCCAGCAUCGUUGCCAUCCAGCACCAGGAGCAGUAGGGCAUCAACAAGUAAGGGUGCCCAUGCAAGAGCUAAGGCAGAAGCUGCCAAGGUGUGAGCGUUGUACACCGAACAAGAAGCAAAAUUGAAAAAGGAAGCGGCUGACAGAGAAGCCGAAAACCAGUUGGAAAAGGUAAGGACAGAGUCAGAGUUAGAAGUGCUGACGCUACACCGAGAAGCAGAAGCUGCCAGGGUGGAAACAGAAAUAAUAGAAAGUGCUGAAGAAAUGCAUGUUCUGGUUGAUGUAAAAUCUACUUCAGAAAAGACCAGGUUGGAACGCACAAGCGACUAUGUCCGAUCUCCAAUGGACUUGAAGAUUCGUUCUUCCUCUCCAUACUUAUAUGCUAACAUCCCACCUCAUGAGGAGUCUCAGAGAGGCCCAACUGCAUCACAUUCAUCCGAGGAAGAGAAUUUACCCUUGCAACUCCGCGAUGAAUUCAAGAAUGAAAGGGCUGAUGACAAAUACUUCUUGACACCAAACUUACCAGAUUUGGUGAGAAAAGAGGCAAAGGCUGAAUUCAGAACAGCAAAUUCCAUAACAAAUGUACACCCUCAGUCAUAUACCCGCCGACAUAUUCCCCCAGCCAGCAAGCCCCUUGCAGUUGAACCCAUGGCACAGUAUUUAGCACAACGAGAUCUCGUCACUUCAGCAUUAUAUCAGUUUGACGAUAAGCCUGAAAAUUACCGUGCAUGGUACUCCUCAUUUGCCAACGCUAUCCACGGAGUCCAGCUUGGAGCAACCCAAGAGUUGGAUCUUAUGACAAAAUGGCUGGGAAAAGAAUCAUGCAAACAGGUGAGAUGCAUACGUUCAGUGUACAUCAACAACCCCGAGCUAGCCUUACGCAAAGCAUGGGAGAGACUUCGGGAGGGCUAUGUGGCCCCUGAAAUUAUUGAAUCGGCACUAUUCCAAUGUCUGGAAAAUUUUCCUAAGUUGUCAGCCAAGGACCACACUAAGUUAAGAGAGCUCGGAGAUUUACUUAUGGAGAUUCAAGACGCCAAAGAAGAUGGCUAUUUAACUGGUCUAUCAUACCUAGAUACUUCAUACGGGAUUAGACAAAUCGUGGACAAACUUCCAUUUGGGCUGCAGGAAAGGUGGGUGUUUGUUGGCUCAGAGUACAAGGAAGGGAACAGUGGUCGAUUUCCUCCCUUUGAGUAUUUCACUAGGUUUGUGUGCAAGGAGGCGAAGAAGCGAAACGACCCUAGCUUCAUGAGUCCAGGUAGCAGUACAAUUUACACCAAGCCAGUUAACUCCACUUCAAAUAAUUUCAACAUUAAUAAACCUGUCUCAGUGCUUAAGACUGAAGCCUUUACAACUAACAAUGACCCUAGCAAGAAUUGUCCAUUGCAUAACAAACCCCACCCCCUCAAAAAUGCAGAAUGUUUAGGAAAAAACCCCUUGAAGAGAGAAUGGCCCUUCUCAAGGAGAAAAAAAUAUGUUUUAAAUGCUGUUCCUUGCUAGAGAGUGUACGAUCUCCGUGAAGUGCCCGGAAUGUAAUAGCAUUAAUCAUGAUGGACCAUGCAUCCCGGCCCAUUACCGCAAACUGACAAAGCUCCUUCACCCUCACAACAGGACAGUGGGGAGGGAGAGGCUCACUCCAGGACAACUGUUGUGAGCUUGAGCUGCACAAAAGUUUGCGGUCAAGCUUAGUAAAGCCGUUCUUGUUCAAAGAUCUGCCUCACUAAGGUGUACCCUAAGGGAGCCAAAGACAAGGCCAUCAAAGCCUAUGUAAUUCUGGACGAUCAGAGCAAUCACUCACUAGUCAGACCAGAGUCCUUUGACUUGUUCAACAUUGAGAGUAAUCAGUUCCCAUACUACCUUAGAACUUGCUCAGGCAACGCGGAAACUCAUGGAAGGAAGGCAGGUGGCUUCCAGCUCGAGCCCCUGGAUGGUAAAGUCGUCAUCUGUCUCCCUCCACUCUUAGAGUGCAAUGAAAUUUUGAAUAACCGCACUGAGAUCCCAACACCAAGUGCAGUGCUACACCAGCCACAUCUCCACCACAUUGCCAAGCACAUCCCAGAACUGGAUCCAACAGCAGAAAUACUCCUGCUAUUAGGAAGAGAUGUUCUCCAGGUGCACAAGGUUAGGCAGCAGGUCAAUGGAUCACACGAUGCCCCCUUUGCCCAACACCUGGAUCUGGGCUGGGUGGUGAUAGGAGAGGUAUGCCUUGGCAAUGUACACAAACAGACAGUUAACAUACUCAAGACCAAUGUGCUAGAGAGUGGCCGCCAUUCAAUUUUUCAACCCUGCACAAGUUUCAUGUGUAUCAAGGAAGCACGACAAGGCUUUGACAAAUGUAAAGUAACCGACAAGACGCUGGGUCAGUCAGUCUUCGCUCAAACUGAGCAUGAUAAUAAACUUGCUCCAUCAGCUCAAGACGCCAUUUUCUUAAAAAUAAUGGACACCAAGGUCUUCAGAGAUGAAGCAAAUAAUUGGGUCACCCCACUACCUUUCAGAGAACCACGCCAGCGCUUGCCAAACAACAAAGAGCAGGCAGUCAAGCAGUUCAUGUCUUUGCAAAAAACCCUGAAAAGGAAACCUGAGAUGCAGCAACAAUACGUAGCAUUUAUGGAGAAGAUCUUCGCUAAUGGACAUGCUGAAGUAGCACCGCCACUGAGGGAAGGCGAGGAGUGCUGGUACCUCCCAACGUUUGGGGUUUACCACCCACAAAAGCCCAAUCAGAUCAGGGUGGUCUUUGACUCCAGUGCUCAGUGCACUGGUAUCUCCCUUAAUGACGUGCUCCUUACAGGCCCCGACCUUAACAAUACCCUUCUCGGGGUCCUGCCGUGCUUCCAGAAGGAGAAGGUCGUGAUCUUAGCGGACAUCCAGCAGGUGUUCCAUUGCUUCUUAGUACAGGAGGACCAUCGCAAUAUCCUUCGUUUCUUAUGGCACAAAUGUAACUUACCUCGCACUGCGGACGAAUUGGCCCAGGCAAAGGACAUCAUCUUUAAAGCAACUCAAACAGCAGCUUUUGCAGCGGAGUUUUCAGCUCUCCAAGCUAAUAAACCAAUACCAAAGGACAGCCCUUUGAGGAAAUUCAACCCGAUCCUGAAGAACGAUAUCAUCUGCAUUGGAGGCCAGUUAAUACACUCCCAACUUCCAGCUGCAGAAAAGAGUCCAGUAAUCCUGCCCAAAGACAGCCACGUGUCCUUACUGCUCACUCACCAUCACCAUGAACAGGUAAGGCAUCAGGGCUGUCACCUGACAGAGGGAGCAAUAAGGGCAGUGGGACUGUGGAUCUUGGGAGGUAAAACACUGAUCAAUUCAGUACUUCACAAAUGUGUAACCUGCAGGAAACUGCAAGGGAAGAUGGAAGCUCAACCUAUGGCGGACCUCCCACCAGAACACCUCAAUGCUUGCCCUCCUUUUACAUAUGUGGGGCUCGAUGUAUUUGGUCCCUGGACUAUCACUACGAGACGCACCAGAGGAGGACAAGCAGAGAGCAAGCGGUGGGCCAUCAUGUUUAGCUGCAUGAGUUCAAGAGCAGUACACAAUGAGGUCAUCGAAUCUUUGGAUACAUCCAGCUGCAUUAAUGCUCUCAGGCACUUCUUUGCGCUAAGAGGCCCUGCAAAACAGUUAAGGUCUGAUUGCGGCGCGAACUUUGUUGGAGAAUCAAAGGAGCUGGGGAUGGACAAAACAGUGCAAAAGUACCUCAGUCAGCAGGGAUGCAGCUGGGAAUUUAACACACCACACGCUUCUCACAUGGGAGGCACAUGGGAGCGGAUGAUUGGUAUCGCCAAAAGAAUUCUUGAUUCAAUAUUUCUGCAGCAACACACCCGAUUGACCGACGAGGUACUGUGCACACUAAUGGCAGAGGUCACAGCCAUUAUAAACGCACAAUCACUCCUACCUGUGUCUUCUGACCCGGAAAACCCCUUCAUACUCUCGCCAUCAAUGCUCCUUACGCAGAAGGCAGGAGCUCCCCCUUCACCUGGGGACUUCUCUGAUAAGGAUUUGUACACAAGGCAAUGGAGACAGGUCCAGGCUCUGGCAAAUCAGUUCUGGUCUCGUUGGAGACAUGAAUAUCUACCUUUGUUGCAACACAGACAAAAGUGGACAGAACCCUGCAGGAAUCUUCAAGUUGGAGAUUUAGUCCUGCUCAGGGACAAGCAAAUCACCUGCAACUGCUGGCCAAUGGCCAGAAACACUGCCACAUUCCCUAAUAGGGAUGGACAUGUCAGGAAGGUUGAGUUGAAAACUUCUGACCAAGUUGAUGUGAAAAUUUACCAAAGGCCAGUUACAGAAGUCAUUCUACUUCUCCCUAAGGACUGAUUUAGAGACUGAAGUUUUGUAUUAUGUUCAUUGUGACCUUACGAAGAUCAAGCGGGGAGUGUGUUGCCUUUAAGGCAUUUGUUUAGUUUAUUAUAUUUUCGCUUUAGUAAUUCGUUUGUUAUCAUUUUCAAGUUAAAGUUAAGAUUGUUUAAAGUAAAUUCGUUGUCUGUGAUAUAUCGCGGCAUGCGAUGACAACACAUCUGGUUUCGCCGCGUCUUGUGGGAAAAUACCGGUUUGGAGAAAUGGGAAGGAGGGGGCUUGUGUGUGUGCAGGAUCAGCGCGAGAAAAGUUUUCUUUCUACACACUAGAAACAUCAGUGAAGCAACGCCGUAAGUUCAUGAGAUAAUCGAUAUGUUGAAUUAAAAAUGUUAACACUGAUUCUGUUAAAAGUAAUGACGGUUGAUAAAGUUUAUGUUUUUUAUUAUUUAAAGAGUUGCGGAUAGUUUAUGUUGAAGUGUAUUUAAAGCCAGUCGAUGGCAUAGGUAGAUUCUGACUGUAUGUUGCACUUUAAUGUAAUAUAGUUGUUGUAGUUUAAUUUUGGGAAGUAUUUUUGAUGUCAAUGUGAUAUCAAGAAGGAAACAAAUAUGGCCUGGGAGCAGGAUUUAAAUAUCUCCUUAUCUGAGGAGAGCUGGGAUUCAGUUCUCAAAUCGGUUAACUCAACCUCUCUUUGUGCUCGCCACUGCCUUUUACAGUUUAAGAUUGUUCAUAGAGCCCAUUUGUCUAAAUCUAAACUAUCUCGAUUCUACCCUAGCGUUAGUCCGCUCUGUGAUAAAUGCAAGAGGGGCGUGGCCUCUCUCAUCCAUAUGUACUGGUUCUGUCCUAGCUUGGAGAAAUUCUGGAAAGAUGUCUUCACUACGUUAUCGUGUAUUCUGAAUCAGCACCUAGAACCAAACCCCUUAAUUGCUCUGUUCGGUUUUUGGGGCGAGACAGAUUUAUGUCUGGGUCCGACCAAAUGCCGAAUAUUAUCCUUUGCCUCUCUCCUGGCUAGACGCUUGAUCCUCCUUAGAUGGAGAGAUGUUGCCCCGCCCACUCAUGCUCAAUGGCUUAACAACAUCAUGGCCUGUUUGGACCUCGAAAAAAUUCAUUAUUCAGUUCUCAAUUCGGAUCUAAAGUUCCAUAAGGUCUGGGGACCUUUUAUCGAGUACUUUCAUAACCUUCCUCUUGACUAGGGUUUUUUUUUCUUUUCGGUCCCUUGCUUUCAGCUCCUUUUUUUUUUCUGGUAGAAGGCAUUAUUAUCUUCUGUUGCUGAGUGUAUUCACAGUCUGGGAGCUUGGCUGUCCUGACUUAUACUCUCUAUAUUGUGUUGUGGUUGGUCUGGAGUUGCUGUUGUUUUUUCUUGUGUUGUGGGGCUUGGGGAGGACACUAAGCUUACUUGUCUUUAAUUCAGGUGCUUUUUUUUUGCUAAAUUCUCUUCCUUUGUAGCAUAUUGUUAUUGUAUGCUUAAUUUUGCACUGUUUUAAUGUUCCUCAUUGGGAUUUGGGGUUUUUAAUUUGU